CUGAAGAAUAAAUUCAUGAAGAAAUUACCCCGUGAUGCUGAGGCCUCCAACGUGCUGGUUGGGGAGGUGGACUUCCUGGAGAGUCCUUUCAUUGCCUUCGUCCGGCUGCAGCAGGCGGUUAUGUUGGGUGCUCUGACCGAAGUCCCCGUACCUACCCGAUUUCUCUUCAUUCUCCUGGGACCUAAGGGCAAAGCAAAGUCCUAUCAUGAGAUUGGCCGAGCCAUCGCCACUCUGAUGUCUGAUGAGGUCUUCCACGACAUCGCCUAUAAGGCCAAGGACCGGCAGGACCUGAUCGCUGGCAUCGAUGAGUUUCUGGAUGAAGUCAUUGUGCUCCCCCCUGGGGAAUGGGAUCCAGCCAUUAGGAUAGAGCCCCCCAAGUCUCUUCCGUCUUCAGAUAAAAGGAAAAACAUGUAUGCCGGUGGAGAGAAUCUCCAGAUGAACGGAGACAUGCCUCACGACGGAGGGCACGGUGGCGGGGGCCACGGGGACUGUGAAGAGCUGCAACGAACGGGCAGAUUCUGUGGUGGCUUAAUCAAAGACAUAAAGAGGAAAGCACCGUUCUUUGCCAGUGACUUCUACGACGCUUUAAAUAUUCAAGCACUUUCAGCCAUUCUUUUCAUCUACCUGGCCACGGUGACCAACGCUAUCACUUUUGGAGGAUUGCUUGGUGAUGCUACGGAAAACAUGCAGGGCGUGUUGGAGAGCUUUCUGGGCACGGCAGUCACUGGCGCGAUAUUUUGCCUUUUUGCUGGUCAGCCACUUACAAUUUUGAGCAGCACAGGACCUGUCCUGGUCUUUGAACGGCUUCUCUUUAAUUUCAGCAAAGACCAUGGCUUUGACUACCUGGAGUUUCGUCUCUGGAUCGGCCUUUGGUCAGCCUUCCAGUGUCUCGUCCUCGUCGCUACUGAUGCCAGCUUCCUGGUCAAGUACUUCACCCGCUUCACCGAAGAAGGUUUUUCCUCCCUUAUUAGCUUCAUCUUCAUUUACGAUGCUUUUAAGAAGAUGAUCAAGCUGGCAGAUCAUUACCCGAUCAACUCCGAGUUCAAGGUGGACUAUAUCACGCAUUACUCUUGUGCCUGUGAACCAUUAGAUCCAGUGAAUAGCUCGUUAUUUAACGGGACAACGGUACCGUCAGCCGAUGAGCUGUUCUAUUCCUCUGCGGAGACGGACAACACCACCAUUGACUGGUCAUCUCUGACAACGAAGGAGUGCUUGAAAUACGGAGGACAACUUGUGGGCAACAACUGUGGCUAUGUCCCUGACAUUACCCUCAUGUCUUUCAUCCUCUUUUUUGGCACUUACACCUGCUCCAUGGCCCUGAAGAAAUUCAAGACCAGUCGCUAUUUUCCAACCACUGCCCGGAAGCUCAUCAGUGACUUUGCCAUUAUCUUGUCCAUUUUGAUUUUCUGUGGAAUAGAUGCCCUGGUAGGUGUGGACACACCAAAACUAAUUGUGCCAAGUGAGUUCAAGCCAACCAGUCCCGAGAGGGGUUGGUUCAUCCCACCUUUUGGAGGGAACCCGUGGUGGGUGUACCUGGCAGCAGCCAUCCCUGCACUGCUGGUGACGAUCCUCAUCUUCAUGGACCAGCAAAUCACAGCCGUCAUCGUCAACAGGAAGGAGCACAAGCUCAAGAAAGGUGCUGGGUAUCACCUGGAUUUGUUCUGGGUGGCCAUCCUGAUGAUCAUCUGCUCCUUUAUGGGUCUGCCCUGGUAUGUUGCUGCUACUGUGAUCUCCAUCGCUCAUAUCGACAGCUUGAAGAUGGAGACAGAAACUUCAGCCCCUGGAGAACAGCCCAAGUUUUUGGGAGUGAGGGAGCAGAGAGUCACCGGAGUCAUUGUUUUCAUUCUGACCGGUGUGUCUGUCUUCAUGGCUCCGAUCCUAAAGUUCAUCCCCAUGCCUGUGCUCUACGGCGUCUUCCUCUACAUGGGCGUCGCUUCCCUCAACGGUGUGCAGUUCAUGGAUCGUCUGAAGCUGCUCUUGAUGCCUCUGAAACACCAGCCUGACUUUAUCUACCUGCGCCACGUCCCGCUGCGCAGGGUCCAUCUGUUCACCUUCCUGCAGGUGGUGUGCCUGGCCCUCCUCUGGAUCCUCAAGUCCACCGUGGCUGCCAUCAUAUUCCCUGUCAUGAUCCUGGCGCUUGUGGCAGUCAGAAAGGCCAUGGACUACCUCUUCUCCCAGCAUGACUUAAGCUUUCUUGACGACGUCAUUCCAGAAAAGGACAAGAAGAAGAAAGAGGAUGAGAAGAAGAAGAAAAAGAAGAAGGGCAGUAUGGACAGCGACAAUGAUGAUUCUGACUGCCCCUACCCAGAAAAAGUCCCAAGUAUUAAAAUACCAAUGGACAUCAUGGAGCAGGAACCUUUCCUAAGUGAUAGCAAACCUGCUGACAGAGAAAAAUCACCAACAUUCCUUGAACGCCACACGUCGUGCUGAUACAAUUCCUUUCCUUCAGUCAUACACCAUGCCAAGCCCUCCACGGACUCCAGUAAAAGUUGUGCCUCAAAUUAGAAUAGAACUUGAGCCUGAAGACAAUGGUUAUUUCUGGAGGAGCAAGGGAACAGAAACUACUUUGUAAUUUGUCUGUCUUGUUAAAUCUUUUAUGGGGUUUAUUUUGUCACUAGCCAAAUAUUAAAAUGCUCUCUGCUUCCCACCUGCCCAGGUAAAUGAGAAUCA